AUGCAGCAGAAUGGCUCGAGCGGCUCCAACGGUUCGGACGGUUGCAGCGGCGGCAGCGGUGGCGGUGGCGGCGGUGUCGGCGGCGGCGGCGGCAGGGACCGACAGGCGCUGUCCUUCAGCCCGCUGCCCGCCGCCACGACGCGGGUGAGACGGUUCAUUCAGGAGAGACGGACGCUGCCGCUACCCAGAGUGAUGGUGGUUUUCUCGGCCGCGGGGGACACCGAGAAACCGGGCGAUGCCAUGUCCAGCUCGGACUCUGCGGAGGACGAGUUCCGAAAGCCGGCCUCCCCGACACCAAGCCUCGCCCUGAGCAAGCCGCUCCGGCCCCCGUUGAGCGCCCAGGAGCAGGAGUUUCCAGAGGUCAUCUCUCUGAAUGUCGGGGGAACGUACUUCACCACUCGCCUGUCCACGCUGCGGCGGUACGAGGACACCAUGUUGGCUGCCAUGUUCAGCGGGCGUCAUUACAUCCCGCGUGAUGCUGAGGGACGCUACUUCAUCGAUCGGGAUGGAGCCUAUUUUGGGGACAUCCUGAACUUCCUCCGAGAAGGUGAACUUCCUCACAGGGACCGAGUGAGAGCGGUGCACAGGGAGGCUCAGUACUACGCCAUUGGCCCGCUGCUGGACAGCCUGGAGGACAUUCAGCCGCUCACAGGGGAGAAAGUUCGACAAGCGUUUCUCGAUCUGCUGCCCUACUACAAAGACAAUCUGGAGCGCAUUGUGGAGAUUGCCAAACUGAGGGCGAUGCAGAAAAAGGCCCGAUUUGCAAAGCUAAAGAUCUGCGUCUACAAGGAGGAGAUGCCCAUCACGCCGUAUGAGCGUCCUCUUUUUAACUCUUUGCGCUUCGAGCGCUCGGACAGCGAAGCCAAACUUUUUGAGCAUCACUGCGAGGUGGACGUUUCCUUCGGGCCUUGGGAGGCGGUCGCAGAUGUUUACGACCUGCUGCACUGCAUCGUCAGCGACUUGGCCGAGCGCGGCAUCUCUGCCGAGCAGCAGUGCAUCGGUGUCUGCGACAAGCACCUCAUCAACCAUUACUACUGCAAGAGGCCCAUCUACGAGUUUAAGAUCACAUGGUGGUGAAGCUCCAAGGAGGUGGCAGAUCGGACCAAAAAGCAAAUGGAGGGAUGUUUCACUUUUACUAUAACUCGGCCAAUAUUGGUUUUUGUAUUGACGUUGCCAAUAUUUUGUGCUGAUGUCUUAAAUGUGACCCUUUAAAUCAUGCUGUAAGUAUUUUCUGUUUAUCCAAAAUAUUUUUCUUUUCUUUCCCAUUCAAGUGACGUAAUUUAUGAAGGAAACAAUUUAAACACUUUCUAGUGAAUCCAGGGUAACAAAGACACUGCUACGACUUUAAAGAGUAGCCGUAAACUCCUGAACGUCCUGUUUUUGCUGACCUCUGCUCGAUUAACUCCUCACCUCGAUGCAGUGAUGUACAGGUGUACUCAGGUACCUCAUGGCAUCACUGUUAGGUGUAGUUGGAAGUCAACUUACUGCGCCCAUUCGUCAUGAAGAAGAGGUGAAGCUUCAGCUGGAGAACUCAGUUAGACUCUGCUGUUCAGCCUGCCAGUGAGUUAUUUUACAUACCCAUUGAUCCUUAGAUGAGGACAUUUAAGACUUUAUUUAACUGCCUUUGUUUAAGUCCAUGCAGCAAACACUUCAGUUGUAUUUUUCAGGCUCUACUGUGUCUACACUGAAAGCAUUCAGCCACAGUACUGCUUUUAAAAGUAAGCAGAGCCCAAUACACAUAGUUAUGCAUGAAAAUACUAAAAAAAAAAAAAAAAAAGAAAGAAAUGCACCAAGUUUCAGCUUACCACAUAAAGCACAAGUGAAAGGCAGCUUCUGUGGCUGGUUUGAUUAAAACUGAGGCAUAUCUGUUCUGUCAGAGGCACAUGAAACUUACAAUUUAAAAAUCUGACUGAAGGUCAGUGGUGGAGGAGAUGGCCUGUUGGGUAUCUGACCAAUUUCACUUUUAAUCAGUACAGCCGACUGAAAUGGCUGCUUAAAAAGAGACUGUUUAACUUUUACACAACAGCAGCUACUGUGGCCAAAAAUAGCAAGUAAAUAGCUGUAAAAAUUGACUCUUACAUGUCAGUUACAGUUGUGUAUCUUUGUUAUUGAGGAAACAUCAGCUGCUAAAGCUGCCGAACUGUUUUACUUAAGCACGUAUUUUUCAUUUAGAAGAGACAAACUGUAUUUUCUCCAGCUUCAUGAGUUACAUAGUCCAGUUUUAAGGCUAUAACCUCAAACCAAAGUGUGUUUUUAGGCUUGAAAUCCAUUUUGUUUCAGCUUUGGCAUGUAACUAUGGUCAUUUUGUGUCUGAUCUCCAAACAGUACUGUGGCUGAAUGCAAUGAUGAGGGACUGAAGCUGCAACUGACGAUGUUAGAUUAUACAUAUGAAUGUAAAAAUUGUGCAAAAAAUCUGAAAUCAGAAGUGGGUGACAUGACUAUACAGCCAAUUUAAAAGCCAUUCACAGCCCAUAUUCCUUUAGAUCGUAAAUAUAUUAUUAUUUAUUACCUUCAUUCAUUUCUGAUUUAUGAGUGUAGCUGUAGCUUUGCCCUUUGGGUUCAUGUUUCACCACAUUUCCAGAACUUCAUUUGAAGAAAUGACCUUGUAGUAAAUAUUGAAUAUUGUAUAAGUAAGUAAACUGAAGUAAAAUCUGUAUAUUUUAGGACUAAGUUUUGUUUCAGAAGUAACUGUGAGAGUAUAUUUUCAUUAUGCAGCCUCAUAAAGAGCGUGUUUUUAAAGAUUAAAGGAGAGCGAAGAGAGAGUACCUCCAGGUAGCUCAGCUGUGGGGGAUUGAAGGAAGCUAGGUUUGUUGCACACUAAUGAAUAUUUGCAGUUGUCUUUACUGUUGUCUGAUGAAAACAUGACAUUUUUUAUCGUCAUUUUCAGAGAUCUUAAAUCUAAAGUCAUUAUUUUUCCACCUCUUUCAACAUUACUACUCCUACUGUACUUGAUAAAGUCUGAGCACCUUGUGAUUGCAGCAAAGAUAUUUUAUUUGUCUCCAGUGAUCGUAUCAGGUGUGCACCUCAGUGGUUAUCGACUUAAGAAUCACUUCGUUUAUCUUCACUAAGAAAGCCAUCAUGCUUAUUUUGUUGAUGUUCUUUUACCAGAUGAUGCAAAAGGGAUGCUGCCGUCUUCCUCCGGCGCACUCUUGAUUAUUUACAAUGUUAUGUUUGCGUUGUUUAUAAAGUUUUUAUAUCGUUAUUUAUCUGUUUGUGUUAGCUUCUAGGAAGCUCUAGUUCUAUAGUCAUCUUUAGUUUGUUUGUAGUGACAAAGCAAUGUGUCAUUUUUAUUAUUUAUGGUAAAAUUAAAGCUGUUGAAAGCA